AUGAACGACAUUCCACAACCCAUUACGACAGUUGUUACAAAACCACAGGAAAAGUUAUAUGUUUUGCAUUUAGAGAAGGAUUUAAUUGCAUUUAUAAAAGAGUCAAUACUGCUAAAGCAGGAAUCCCCAGUAUAUACGAUUCAGUCCGAAGUGCUAAAAAAUUCAUAUUAUAGGUUACUAAGCCAUCAAGUAUGCCAGCAUUAUCAUUUACAGCAUUGGAAUAAUGGGUCAAACGAUAUAAUAGUCACAUUGAGUGCAGAUGGGUUCGACUAUGAGAAGUUCAGUGAAGUAUUAGACCAGAAAGAAGAUAAAAGCUUCACAAAGAUAUGCGACUAUAUUCAACAGAAGCUGAAUGGCUGUAAAGGGAAUGGCUCUGAAGGAGACGAAGUCAGUGCUAAGAAAAUCAAGCCAAAAAUGAUCAUUAAGAAGGAAUCACCAAGAAAUUCAAUGCCACUGGCUGACACGCUGUCUGAGAUAACCCAGGCAUCAAUUUUUCUGUCGACAGGAGAGCUGAAUGGGAAGGCCCAAAAAGAUUUUUCAGACACUCCGAAUACUUCUACUCCGGUCCUGACAGGCAGUUUAAACCCUGGAAGCGAUAACAUUGAGUUUGAGAGAGCAUCAAAGGAAGCAUUAUAUUUGAAAGUAAGAGAAAAGAUUUUUCAGGACCAACAGGAUGAUGAUGAUGACCAGGAAGAAGAAGCUGAGGAAGAUGAUGACGAAAAUGAUGACAGUGACGAAGACACCACCAAUAGCUCGACGAGUGAUUCUAAAGGUGGAUUUAUGAGCCAAGACAAUACACACAAGCAUAAUGCAUACAACGGAUUCGAUUCUAAUUCAUAUCAAUACAAUGGAGGAGUGCCUCCUGUGCCCAUGGGUAUGCCAAUAAACUACAAUACAAACAUGAAUGUCCCUCCUUUUGUGAACCCAAAUGGCUACUACAACUCUCCCAAUCAGUCGAUGUACCCACCACAAAUGAAUAUGUAUAAUCAAUAUCCCAACUAUUUCUCUGCUCCUCCUAUGAUGCCUCCUCAAAAUGGCUUCUACUCAAACGCAUACAACGGAAACCGUCAGUACACUCCAUACGACAAAGAGACCGAAAGAAAACUAUUAAACAACCCAUAUAUCAUUAUACCUGAUUCUAACAAAGAUAAGAAGCCUAAGAAAGCCUACAAACCAAGAUAUCCGAAUUACAAUUCCAACUCGAACUCGAAUUCAUCUUCUAGUACUACCAAUAUUGCACCCAAUAACUCUACAAAGUACUAA